GCCGAAAAUCGCGCAUGCGCUCAGUGGACUAAAAUCUCGGAAGAACCGGUGGCAGGUUGAAAUGGCAAAGAAUUUGUGUAUGGCAAUCUCAAACACAACAACAGGUCAGAUUUGCUCUCUCAGUCCAGAUAUUUAAGAAGUGACCAGAUGUUUCCUUUGUAAUACCAAUAUAUCUGUUGUUGAUCCUUGAAGAUGAUGAAGUGUCUCAUCCCAACUGAAAACGAGCUUUGUUUCUGAACUGAAGUUUUCUGUUCUAACUCAGUGAGUUCCGAUGGAAACAGGGUGCUGACAACACACCAGCAUUUGUUCACUGGAGAUCAGUUUUUAAACUACACAGGGAUCCACUAUGUCUGACUUCUGAAUUGCGAGAGAACUGAUCACAGGGAGAUAACAUUAUCUUUGUGUGGGAUGGGACUCAGCUGACUUGCAGACACGCCAGUGGGUUCACAGUGGGAAGAGGCUGUUUACCUGUUCGUGCGUGGGAGGGGAUCUGCUCAGUGAUCCUGCUUGAAGAUACAUCUGCAAGUUUACACCGUAGUGAGACAGUUCAUCUGUUCUGACGACAGGAAGCAAUUCUUUGUCAUCCAAGCUAAAGAUAUCUCAGAAAAUUCAACCAGGGAGAGACUGUUCACCUGCUCCAUGUGUGGGAAGAGAUUCACUCAGAGAGAUUCUCCUCCAUAUAUGGGAAGAGAUUUACACUUUCAGCUGAUCUGCUGACACACAAGUCAAUUCACACACAGGAGAUGCCGUUCACCUGCUCAGACUGUGGGAAGGAAUUCACUCGGUCAUCUGAACUGAAGGUACACCAGCGAGUUCACUCUGGGGAGAGUAUUUUCACUUGCUCAGACUAUGAGAAGGGAUUCACUCAGUCAUCUCACCUACAGAUACGCCAGCACGUUCACACAGAAACAAGGCCGUUCACCUGUUCUGUGUGUGGGAAAGGAUUCACUCAGUUAUGUCACCUACAGAAACACAGGCGAGUUCACACAGGAGAGAGGCCGUUCACCUGUUCUGUGUGUGGGAAGGGAUUUACUCAGUUAUGCCACCUACAGAAACACAGGCGAGUUCACACAGGAGAGAGGCCGUUCACGUGUACUGUGUGUGGGAAGGGAUUCACUCAGUUAUGCCACCUACAGACGCACCAGUUAAUUCACACUGGGGAGAAACCAUUCACCUGCUCAGACUGUGGGAAGGGAUUCACUCAGUCAUCCCACCUACAGAAACACAGGCGAGUUCACACAGGAGAGAGGCCGUUCACGUGUACUGUGUGUGGGAAGGGAUUCACUCAGUUAUGCCAACUACAGAGUCAUCAGUCUAUUCACACUGGGGAGAAACCAUUCACCUGCUCAGUCUGUGGGAAGGGAUUCAUUCAGUCAUCUAAACUGAAGCUGCAUCAGCGAGUUCACACUGGGGAGAGACCGUUUACCUGCUCAGACUGUGGGAAGGGAUUCACUCAGUCAUCCCACUUACAGAAACACAGGCGAGUUCACACAGGAGAGAGACCGUUCACGUGUACUGUGUGUGGGAAGGAAUUCAUUCAGUUAUGCCACCUACAGACGCACCAGUUAAUUCACACUGGGGAGAAAUCGUUCACCUGCUCAGACUGUGGGAAGGAAUUCACUCAGUCAUCUGAACUGAAGCUGCAUCAGCGAGUUCACACUGGGGAGAGACCAUUUACCUGCUCAGACUGUGGGAAGGGAUUCACUCAGUCAUCCCACUUACAGAAACACAGGCGAGUUCACACAGGAGAGAGGCCGUUCACGUGUACUGUGUGUGGGAAGGGAUUCACUCAGUUAUGCCACCUACAGACGCACCAGUUAAUUCAUACCGGGGAGAAACCAUUCAGCUGCUCAGACUGUGGGAAGGGAUUCACUCAGUCAUCUGAACUGAAGCGGCAUCAGCGAGUUCACACUGGGGAGAAACCGUUCACCUGCUCAGACUGUGGGAAGGGAUUCACUCAGUCAUCCCACCUACAGAAACACAGGCGAGUUCACACAGGAGAGAGGCCGUUCACGUGUACUGUGUGUGGGAAGGAAUUCAUUCAGUUAUGCCACCUACAGAGACAUCAGUCUAUUCAUACUGGGGAGAAACCAUUCACCUGCUCAGACUGUGGGAAGGGAUUCACUCAUUCAUCUGAACUGAAGCUGCAUCAGCGAGUUCACACUGGGGAGAGGCUGUUCAUCUGCUCAGACUGUGGGAAGGGAUUCACUCGGUCAUCUCACCUACUGACACAUCAGCGAGUUCACACUGGGGAGAAACCAUUCACCUGCUCAGACUGUGGGAAGGGGUUUCCUCAAUUAUCUCACCUACUGGCACACCAACGAGUUCACACUGGGGAGAAACCAUUCACCUGCUCAGACUGUGGGAAGGGAUUCACUCUGUCAUAUCAGCUCAAGGAACAUCAACGAGUUCACACUGGAGAGAGGCCGUUCACCUGCUUUGAAUGUGGGAAAGGAUUCAUUCGGUCAUCUCACCUACUGACACACCAGCGAGUUCACACUGGAGAGAAACCAUUCACCUGCUCAGACUGUGGGAAGAGAUUUACCCAGUUAUCUCAAUUGAAGCAACAUCAGCGAGUUCACACUGGAGAGAGGCCAUUCACCUGCUCAGACUGUGGGAAGGGAUUCAUUCGGUCAUCUCACCUACUGGCACACCAGGUACUUCACACUGGGGAGAAACCAUUCACUUGCUCUGAAUGUGGGAAGGGAUUCACUCAGUCAUCUCAACUGAAGUUACAUCAGCGAGUUCAUACUGGAGAGAGGCCGUUUAUCUGCUCCGAAUGUGGGAAGGGAUUUACUCGGUCAUCCCACCUUGUGGCACACUAUCGAGUUCACACUAGGGAAAAAGUUUAAAUAUCCUGCCUACUGAAUGCUUAACCAUCACAGUUGCUGAAUUCAGAAGCAAGUUCAAAAGUGACUGCUGUUGUUGAACUCUGCAGUUACUGCUGCUGCUCAUCACACCCAGUUCUACACCCUGGACACUUGGCAUAGGAGGAGUCUUUCUGCUGGUGUUCUCCUUUACUGGGCCUGGGGUUUAAGGUUUUGGA